AUGACAGCGGUGUGCCGAAUCAGCAAGCUGAACCACUCACAGAAGCAGGCGAUCCCUGUGGUCCGCUGCCAGCGCCUGCACUGCUCCCUUGGCGUCUGCCAGAGACCUGCGCCGCCCACAAGAGAGGGGCCCCGCGUUUCAUCGUCCAGCCUUUGGUCGAGCUGUCUUGCGGCGCCGAGCACUGGCCUGACGAUGACGGCGAAAGGGGACAAAGAGGGUCAGGCAUGGGCCAACAGCGACGGGACGGGGAGGAAGGCGUCUGUCUGGGGUGUGACAGGCACGGCGGGAGAAGUCCUGUCCCUGAUGGGAACCCUGUUCCUGCUCACCAUGUGCCCCGCCUUCAUUAUGUUCAUGUGGACCAUCCACUCGAAGUUUGGCGGCUCGUUGCAGCAUUUCGCCAGCUUUGCCAUGCAGGAUGGUUGGCAGGGCGUCAUCGGGCUUCUUCCCUCGCCUACCCGGGCUGCAUGGAUUUACUUCGCAGUUUUCGGCAUCUUUGAGGCCGCCCUUCAGCUGUUGCUUCCCGGAAAGACCACCUAUGGCCCUGUGACGCCAAAAGGGAAUGUCCCAGUGUACAAAGCCAACGGUGUGGCAGCUUAUGUCACUACACUGAUGAUGCUUGCAUUGUUAUGGAGGCUUGAUUUGUUCAACCCUGCCCAAGUAUAUGACAAGUUUGGAGAGAUACUAAUGGUUACAAACAUCUUUGCACUUGGGCUGUGCGUCUUUUUGAACGUGAAGGGGCUUGUAGCACCCAGCAGCACCGACUCUGGGAGUACUGGGAACAUCAUUUACAACUUUUGGUGGGGCACAGAACUUUACCCAAGGAUUGGCAAGCAUUUCGACAUCAAGGUGUGGACCAACUGCAGGAUGGGUAUGGUGAGCUGGGGCGUUAUCAUCCUGUGCUUUGCGGCCAAGCAGUAUGAAGCCCUUGGGUAUGUGGCGGAUUCCAUGGUGGUGUCUGUGCUCAUCAUGGAGGUCUACAUCUUCAAAUUCUUCUUAUGGGAGUCUUCAUACAUGAAGACCAUGGACAUCGCCCAUGACAGGGCUGGCUAUUACCUUUGCUGGGGCUGCCUGAAUUGGGUGCCGGGCGUGUACACAUCACCGGCGAUGUUCUUAGUUGGCCAUCCCGUGGAACUUGGUCUUCCUUUGGCCGCAACGAUGGCUGUGGUGGGUUUGGCAUUUGUCUACAUCAACUAUGAUGCUGACAGGCAGCGACAGGCUUUCCGGGCAGAGGGAGGCAAGGGCAAGAUUUGGGGCAAAACCCCCAAAAAGGUAGAGGCCCAAUAUGUCACCGCUGACAACGAAAUCAAGACUUCACUUCUGCUGGCAUCUGGAUGGUGGGGACUGGCACGCCACUUUCACUAUGUACCAGAGAUCAUGGCGUCUGUCUUCUGGACGCUGCCAGGACUCUUCAGCCACCCUCUGCAUUGGUUCUACGUGGUGUACCUGAUCCUUCUUCUGCUGGACCGCGGGUUUCGUGACGACCAGAGGUGCCGCAGCAAGUACGGGAAGUACUGGGACCGCUACUGCGAGAUUGUGAAGUACAGAAUAAUUCCAGGCAUCUAUUAG